AGGACGCUUCUCGGCGGAUGGGAAAUUUCUCACCAAAACAAAACGUUCGGAUUUUCAGCGGGGAAGAGGCUAAUGGUAGAGAGCUAUGUCUUUGGUUCAACUCACUGCCAACUACACGGACUCUGAGGGAGAGAACGAUGACCGCAUCAGUGACGACGGCUCACACAAAUCUUCACCCCUCACAAAUAGAGUGGCAGAGCUGCGUGACGAAGGCAGCCGGAGAGGAACGCCAGCUAGCGUAGAGUCCACAGGAUCAGGAACCCCUCAAAAAAAGUUGAAUAGACUUGUGUCGUAUGCUAAUGAAGAAGAUGAGGAGGAGGACGUGGAGGAUUUGCCGCCAGAAGAAGAAGAAGAAGAACCAGAUGAGGUGGUUAACUCUGAGCCAAUGGACACCGGCUCAGAUGAGGGAGAAGAGGAGAAGCCCGUAACAAGGGAUCUGGGGGUUCGGUUGCCUGCCCCUCCAGCAGGGAAGUGCUCUCCACAUCUUCAGGAAAAGGUGCAGAGGUUCCUGAAUGAAGUCCGCCGCGGCAACAAGGACUACAACAUGAUGAUCCAGAAUAACAAGGAGUUUCGCAAUCCCGGCAUUUACGAAAAGCUUAUUGAUCUCCUCCAGCUUGACGAGAUGGGAACAAAUUAUCCACUGGAUAUGUUUGAUCCGCAUUGUUGGGGGAAGGAGUCCUAUUAUGAUGAAAUAGCACGUGUACAGAAAGAAGAAAUGGACAGAAGAGAAAAGGAGCGAAAAGACAAGACAAAGGUGGACAUAAUCUCAGGUACCAAGAAACCCCAAGAGGAGGAAGCCGCCAAGAAAAGAAAAUCGCGUUUCGACCAAGGAGGACCCUCGACCAACAUCCUCAAACCUAUGGUUGCUCCUCCAACUCUCACUUCAGUGCCAUCAGGAACAAAAGCUACAAUAGAUGCUUUUGGAGGCUUGAAAAAGACAAAAUAGUUGUAGAAAACUUUUUUUUUUUUUUUAUCCUUUAUCUUUUUCUUUAAAAUAUCUACUGGAUUGAAAGAAAUAUAUUUAUAUUCCAGGCUCUCAUGAUUUUGUUAAGACAUUUAUUUUAACAUUCUAUGUAUUUUUUAUCAUUUUUAAAAAAAAUGUUGCCAUGUAUUAUACCAUGUUCUCAGAAAGUAGCAAACAGGUUUUGCUGACAUAAUAUUUGCAAGACAUUUUUGACCAUUUGUAUUCAUUUACUGUAAUGGAAUUAACAAUAUUGA